UUCAGCCUUUUAUUUCACCAAGCUCUCACCAACCACUAAAAGAGGAGCUCCUCGCCGUCGUCCGGAGGCUCUGUGCUGACCUCCUUCAGGAGCUGAGGAGGCUGCAGGAGGUGGGAGGAGCCUCAUGGCAUCCUGGUUCGUCCUCUGCAGCUAAAGGAGGCGCUCAGGUGGAGCUGAACAACCAAUCACAUGCUCCUACAGGUGAAACCAGCCAAUCAGACACUCCUACAGGAGAAACCAGCCAAUCAGUGCAGACUCCUUCAGUGGGUUGUGGGCGGAGCUUCAGCUGCAGCAUGUGUGGCAGCAUCUUUUCCAGACGGACCAACCUGAACGCUCACCUACGCGUGCACAGUGGCGAGCGGCCCUUCACCUGCUCCACCUGUGGGAAGGCGUUCUCCACCCGCAGCAGCGUGCGCAUCCACCAGCUGACCGUGCACGGCGGCCAGCGUGCGCACCGCUGCUCGCACUGCGGGAAGCUGUUCGCCACACACAGCCACCUGAGGACGCACCAGGCUUCUGGCCGGCGGCGGCCGCUCACAUGCUCAGCCUGCGGCAAGACGCUGGCGGCAAGGUGCUGCCUUCGAGGUCACAGACUGAGCUGUCUGAGGACAGACGAGGCAUUCAGGUGCGCAGAGUGCGGGAAGGAGUUCUCCAAACUCAGCUACCUGUCGGCACACCGCCGAGUCCACCUGCACAUCAAACCCUUCACCUGUCCCACGUGUCACAAAGGCUUCACCACACGGCGCAACGUUCACGUCCACACGCUGACCGUCCACCGUGGCCUGAGGCCGUUCACCUGCGGUGUCUGCAGGAAGGCGUUCAGCCAGCGCAGCGGCCUCACGGCUCACCUGAGGACGCACAGUGGUGAGCGGCCUCACACGUGCGAGCAGUGCGGGAACUCGUUCUCCAGCCGGAGCAGCCUGACGGUGCACCGUCGCGUCCACACCGGAGAGAAGGCGUUCAGCUGCGACACCUGCGGAAAGAGCUUCAGCGUGUCCGCCAACCUGCGCCGCCACCGCCUCGUCCACUCGGGCCGCCGGGCAUUCACCUGCGACGUGUGUGACCGCUGCUUUACGCAGGCGGCGCACCUGAAGGCGCACCAUGGCGUGCACAGUGGCGAGUGGGCGUUCAUCUGCAACAGCUGUGGGAAGGGCUUCAGGCAGAGCAUGGCGCUGCAGGCGCACGAGCGCAGCCACGCCGGCGUCAAACCGUUCGCCUGCGGCGAGUGCGAGAAAACCUUCUCCUCAUCCUCGUCGCUGAAGCGCCACCAGCUGACGCACGGCGGGCAGAACGCUCACACCUGCAAUGAGUGUGGGAAAAGCUUCAGCUCCGCCCACAGCCUGAAGACGCACCUGCAGCUGCACGGCGCCACCAAGGCGCUCUCGUGCGAUGUGUGCGGCCGCAGCUACAGCUCGCCGAGCUACCUGAAGAUGCACCGCCGCAGCCAUUCGGAGGGGAAGCCGUUCAGCUGCGCUCGCUGUCAGAAGACGUUCUCCACGCAGGCGAGCGCCAAGCUACACGAGCGCACGCACAGCGGCGAGAAGCCGUACGUGUGCGAGGUUUGCGGGAAGAGUUUCAGCGUGUCACAGAAUCUCGUCCGGCACAAGCGCGUCCACAGCGGCGAGAAGCCGUUCCAGUGUGGCGUCUGUGGGCGGAGCUUCAGUCAGAAGAACAACCUGAAGACGCAUCAGCUGGUUCACAGCGGGCUGAAGCCGUUCAGCUGCUCCACCUGCAGACGCUGUUUCACCUCCACCAGGAGCCUCCGAGAGCACAGGUGUGUGCCCACCUGACAGGAAGCUGCGGACAGGAAACAGGAAGUGAGGCCACUGAGAUGUAAAUACAAAUGUUGUGACUCUGAAAUCAAUAAAGUUUGAAAGCAGGUCAAUUUGAUCCCAUGGCAACGACAACAUGUCUUCAUUUAUUAACUAGUAACUGUGAGGUAACUAAGUAGUAACUGUGAGGUAACUGUGAGGUAACUAUGAGGUAACUGUGAGGUAACUAUGAGGUAACUAAGUAGUAACUGUGAGGUAACUGUGAGGUAACUAUGAGGUAACUGUGAGGUAACUAAGGUAAC